GAGAAGCAGGAAGCAGCCUCCUCUUCCUGUGCAGCGCAGGCCAAUCCCGCCCGUGUGAGCAGAGCGCCCACUGCUGGUGGGAGGAGGGCAGGAGCGUCAGUGUGCGUGCUGCACGGAGCGGGUGUCAGGAUCUGAUCUUCACUGUGACCAGGAGAUCCCUAGGUGAUCAUGGCUGAGGAGGUGGACAUGGCUGAAGAGGUGGUCGUGGCUGAGGGGGGCAUCCUGCACGAGAUCUUCACCUCCCCCCUUAACAUCUGCCUGCUGUGCCUGUGCCUGUACCUGCUCUACAAGAUCCUGCGGGGCGACAAACCCCAACCCGAGGAGCCUCAGGAGGAGCAGCUGCCCAAGAUGAAGAGGAGAGACUUCACCCUGGCACAGCUGAAGGAGUACGAUGGGACGCAGAACCCCCGCAUCCUCAUGGCCAUCAACGGCAAGGUGUUCGACGUGACAAGGGGCAAGAAGUUUUAUGGACCGGAGGGACCUUAUGGCGUGUUUGCUGGACGUGAUGCUUCACGAGGCCUUGCCACCUUCUGCCUUGAUAAAGAAGCCUUGUCAGACACCUAUGAUGAUCUGUCAGAUCUGACCGCUUCCCAGAGAGAGACUCUCGGUGACUGGGAAUCACAGUUUACCUUUAAAUACCAUCAUGUUGGAAAGCUUCUGAGAGAUGGAGAGGAGCCCACAGAAUACAAUGAUGAAGAGGACGGAAAAGAUUCUACAGGACAGAAGAAGACAAACUAAGGGAACCAGUUUUAGCGUAACCCUUAACAUUCCAAAGCACGCAUUGUAAUUCCUUUAAAGGAAAACUGUCAGCUUGCUCCCCCCGCACUAACCAGUGGUACUGGCUGGCAGUGCGGGGGACGCUGAUCAGUUUGAUGCCUACCGUGUCCGCCUCUCCCUCCCUCCCCCUGUUAGCACCUUAUUAGCAUAUACCGAAAAUCAAAGAUUACGGCCGAACGGCGAGGCGGAUCCGGGCAUGGUAGGCAUCAAACUGAUCAGCGCCCCCUGCACUGGCAGCCAGUACCACUGGUAGGGGCGGAGGGGGAGCAAGCUGACAGUUUUCCUUUUAACUUUGGUCCACCAUAAUAUGUGCACAUGUAACUGCAAGCAGUCCUGAUGGGGAAUGUUAUUGCAGCACCUUCUGGGCACAACCUUUUAUUGUAUCCCUCUUAAAGGGAGUCCUGUUUAAUUCCAAGGAUUCUUAUAAGUAAGAACAUUAUCUAAUGCUAAUACCUAAUGCAGUACAAUAGAUGACCAAGAGAAGCAAAAUCUUCUUACACCCUCUUGUUAGCAAUAACCUGAGAAGUACUGGGAAGCAGUGUUUAUUAUUAUUAUCAUCCAAGUAUAAAUCCGAUUUUUCUUUAGCAAGUUCUUCAUUCAGUAGUUUGGUUUAUAUCAGGAUACCAUCAAAUAGCCAUUCCAACAUUUACAAGGCAUAGCCAUAGACCCAACAUUGUCCGCUUGUUACUAGUCUUAGUAUGUUUCAUGUCCAUAUACGUUUGCAUGACACACAAGCACAAUCUAUCACACUUGUGUUCCAUCAAUAGAACUUAUACUGUUGUAAAAACAGACCAAACAUAGGCGCAUGUAGACUAAGUUGGGUUUUUUGAACAUUUUGGUUAUGCCUGACGUAUUGCCGAAACGUGAUGUAAGCAGCCACUUAUCUGCUUCUGAAAGAGCUGAAUAACAAAGCCCUUUGGAGCUGUAACGUAUAAGCUGCCUCCCAGCUUUUUAGGAUCUAGUUAUGGUUAGCGAAUCCAUUAGAAAUAUAUUUCACAUUUUAGAAAGAAAAAUAAUAUACACUACUUACAUAAUAUGCUUGAAAUAAUACUCCUAAGAGCCGCUGAGUCUAUGGGAAAUCGCAUCUUACAAUUUACAUUUAAAAGCUAUAAAAUUGUGAAAGGUUGAAAGAAUAUUGUCAGUAAUUGAUAAGGGAUCGCAUCCAGUAUGAGGCCUAACACAAAAAAAGAACAGCAGGUGCCUUACUUCACUUCUGUGCAGGUUUAAAUACUCAUCCAAAAAAUAUUUGUUCUUUUUUUUUUUUUUUUUUUACGGCCAAGAACUUGAUUUAGAACCUGCAGAUCUUAUGUAUGUAAAACAAUACUAUGCACCUUAUUUGCAGUGUUUAUCACUAUUAGUAUUAGUCUGCCUAUAGCAAUGCAAACUCAUUCUAGCCAUGAAAGGCUCAUGCACCCGGCACGAACCCUGCACAUCAACACCCAGAGCUCCCAAUGUGUUUGUCGUGUUGCAAAAUGCCUACAAACUAUACAGUAUGUUAAAAACUGUGAGAAAUCUUAUAUUACAUUUAUAUCAUGCCCAGGCAUAUUACAUGCUCUUGCUUUCAUCUGUAUUUUGGGCUCGAAUUCUGGCCUGACCACAUUUCUGAUGACCCGAGCAGACAGCUGUCAGUUUGGGUCAUCAGACCAAUGCAUAUGUGUCUGUGUGAAACAGUAGACCCCAGCAUGCGGACAUGGGCCAUGCAUUCGCUUCCUCUAAAUUGUCAUAGUAAGUGACUGCCUAAGAUGUUCUGUUUAGUUUUGUUCUAUCUUUCAGGCUAUAUUUGUGACAUCCAUUUUCCCAUUUUUAUUUUUUUAUAUAUAUAUUUUUUUUUUGUUUUUUUACAGACUAUUAGAUAAAAGGAAACAGAAAACAUAUUUUAAUACAGUUUAAAGUGGUUAUCCUGCAUUAGAAAAAUAGCGGAUUUCUUCAUAAAACAGCACCAAACCUUUCCUGUGUAGUAUUACAGCUCCAUUCCACGGAAGUGAAUAAAGCCAAGUUGUGAUACCACAACCAGAGAACAGGCAUGGGGCUGUUUUUGGAAGAAAUCAGUUGCAUUCCUUCAUAACUCAUUUAAAGUUAAAGGGGUACUCCGCUGUUCAGCGUUUGGAACAAGCCGGGCGCUUGUGAUGUCAUAGCCCCGCCCCCUCAUGGCGUCAUA